GCCUCCUCAGCAAAUCUGGAGCAAAACACAAAUGGUUCCCGAGAGGAAGGUUGACAAGUGGCUCAGAAUGAGCAGGAAUCCCUAGAAGGUUAUCAGAAAAGAGGAGCAAUGUUAGGAUUUGGAGGCAACAUGUCCUCAUCAACAGUGGUGCCAGUAUAUAUCGAAUAACACAACUCGGAGGUUUUGCUGCCUGGAAGGUCCCUGCAUUCCGCUCAUUAACAGGAAGACGGUGAUAUCUCAGAAUCUGGAAAAAAGACCUUGAUCUGCUUCACAACACCCUGGAAAGCUGUAGUUUAGCAGCUCCUGACAUGGCAAAUGGCAACUCAGCAGAACUAUCAGCCCAGGAGGCACCAGAGGCCGAAGAGCAUAUCUAUGAAACCGUGGAAGGGCUUGGCAAAACGGAGCAGAGCCAGCGAUUGGCGGUGGAGGAGCUCCUCAACACGGAGAUAAGCUAUGUGCACAACCUUCAGCUGUGCAUUUCAGAUAUCCGUAGCCACCUCCAGAAAAAGCAGCUGCCUGAAAUCGACCUGGAUGGACUGUUCUCAAAUAUAAACGAUAUCCUGCAUCUUUCCAAAUGUUUCUUGAAAGAACUUGAAGCUACAGUGAGUCAGGAAGAUGAGCAGCUCUUUCGUAUCAGCACCUUAUUCCAAGAGCUCAAAGAAGAGAUUGAGAAUGUCUAUAAGAUUUAUUGUGCUGACUAUGACCAAGCGCUCCUGCUGCUGGAGAUGUACAGAAAGGAUCCAAAACUUAACAAGGAGAUUGGGGAUACCUUGACUUCCACAGUGCCCCACACUGGCGCAUCAGACUUGACCUUUUUCCUGGUGAUGCCAGUGCAACGGGUCAUGAAGUACCCACUGCUGCUGCAAAAGAUAUUGGACAACACACCAGAGAGUGACCGAGCUUACCGAGCCCUUCAAGCUGCAACCACGGCCAUGAUAGAGGUCAACGCCAAUAUCAACGAGUACAAAAGGCAGAAGGAAGUAGCAAAUAAAUACAAUAAGCCUGGGUACCUGACCCUACGGGACCGCCUGGCUCGCAUCAACGCGCACUCCAUCGCCAAAAAGACCACACGACUGAGUCGCCUCUUCAUGCAAGAGGCUGGAAUUGUGCCCAAAACAGAGGACAAGGAGUUUGAUGAGCUGGAAGAAAAAUUCCAGUGGUUAGCAUCAGCUGUGACUGGUCUGAAAGAGAACGUGGCAUCUUUCCUGGGAAAUAUUGAGGUGUUCCUCAGCUCAAGACCUCAUGAGAAUGAGCUGGAUGUAGGAUCGGGAACCAUGCAGCUCUAUUGUCAGUUUGCAGGAAAACUCCACACAACGGUCUUCCCUGCAUUUAAGAAAAGGCUGGAACAUCUGGUUUACUUUCCACUGUGCAACUUGUCAGAGACUCUGAAAGGACCUCAAAAGCUGAUCAAGAAGCGCUUUGACAAGCGGCUGGAUUAUGAGGAACUGGAGGAGAAGCAGAACGAGACAGGCAGUGUGACAUAUGAGGAGGCGGCUGCUAUGAAUACCUAUCUUGCCAUGAACUCUUUGCUUGUCUCUGAACUACCAGUGUUCAACCAAGUAGCCCUGCAGUGGUUGGGGCAGCUUCUGCAUUCGUUUGUGUCGAUUCAGAAGGACCUGGCAAAACAGGUGCUCCAGGAGGCAGAGGGAGGGUUUGUCCAGCUGCCCCACAGGCACCUCCCUGAAGCUGAUUUUUGGAAGAUGGUAAAGGAUACUUUAAGCCAAGCUGAAGAUCAACUUUCCUCUUUCCGAGAUAAAUUUGAUACGGUUAUGCCAAGCCCUCUGGUGCAGCCUCUGACCCCUGCAGAGGAGAGGAAAGUCCUCCUGCUUGUGAACAAACAUGGCACAGAUAAGUUGUACCAGGUGACAAGCAACAUCAGUGGCAGCAAAGAGAUGGACCUGACGCUACAGAGGGGGCAGAUUGUGGCCCUUUUACAUGACAAGGACACCAAGGGCAAUCCUAAUCGAUGGCUGGUGGAUGCUGGAGGUCCACGAGGCUAUGCCCCCUCUGGAAAACUCCAAAGAUAUCAUAUAGCACAAAGCCAAAAGCCUGAAAGGCAGAUUCCAGCCCAAAAGGAGAGCUUUGAGAAUUUACAUUAUUCUUACAACUGCCCUCAGACACCUAGUCUACCAGUACAAGUCAGCACACCAUCUUUACAGGUCGUCGCUGCUUAUGCAUUCACAGCUAGAAGCAGCCAUGAAGUGAGCGUGCAGAUGGGCCAGCCAGUGACUGUGUUGGAGCCUCAUGAUAAGAAGGGGAGCAAAGAAUGGAGUCUGGUGGAAGUGAAUGGACAGAGGGGCUAUGUGCCUUCCAGCUACCUGGCGACGGUGCCUGCCCAAGGGCCACCUGGAUGGAGCUUACCUGUUUGGCCCUUUCCAGCUCACCAGACAUAAUCACACAGAGAUGCUCAUUUUCCAGAAUUAGCUCCCUUUCCACUUCCCCGCCCUUUCCAUUUCUUCUGUGGUGGCUUGUCAUGUCCUGCAUUGAAGGAAGAGGUGGGGAGUGGUGCCAGGAGACCACUGAGUUGGCAGUGAGUGGCAAAAGCAGAUGCAUAUUUAUUUAAAUGAUGUGAAGGAAUAUGUGAACAAAGCUACUGAUGGUGGGUUCCUUUUGCCAUUGUGUUUUUCUAGGUCUAACAGUACUGAUAAGAUUCCUCCAUAGAUCUCUCACGAAAAUAUAGGAUUAGAUUCUGCACCUUUGGGCAUGUUGGAUAGAGAUGUUCUCAGACCAAAAGUUCCUGCAAGAUUCAUGCAGUGCAAUAAAGAGAUAGGAGGCUGAUGUGUUCAUUCCAGAACAAGCAGCAGGAGUCAUUGCAAAAAGCCAGUAUAUAUCCUGUUUUGCUUUCAUUAAAGAGACAUUCUCUCUUUGGCCCUAUGUCAGCCAGGGAAAGUGGUUCAGUGUUAGCCACUUAAUACCCAGUGUUUAGCUCCCAGGUUGCUAAACCCAGCCUUUCCCCUCUUGUAAUAUAGUAGGUUUAAUGAACUAGACAAAUGCAUGGCAGCAUUUGCUAGCUAUAAGUAGAAUCAUAUUGUAUUUAAGAUAUAAUGCUGCUUUGAUACCUAAGAUGAACUACUUGAAGUGUAAGCCAAAUUACAAAGCCAUGAAUGUUCCUGAUAGCUUUAAUUUUUAAGUAUGUGGUGUUCAGCUACCUCUCUGGGUGAGAACACAGGACCUCAACGUAUUCCUGGGGUUGUGGAGGAAGUAAAAGGCCUAGCGCUGAGGCGUGGUUCACACAAAAUUGGGCAACACAAACAUGUGCCUUUUAUUUAUUUUCCUAAGCUUUCCUUCAAAAGAAGAAAAGAUAAAAGUGGAAGUGGAAAAGAGAUACAGUCUGAGGUCCUUCCCAGGACCUAUGAGUUAUAAGAUAGUGUGGUGUAUCUGUUAGAGUGUUGGAUGACAAUGUGAGAGAUCCCCAUUCAAUGCUCUACCAAGCUAUGGAAAUCACUGGGUUACUGUAGGCCAGUCAUGUGCCCUAACCCACUUCUCAGAUACGUUGUGAAGAUACAGGUGGAGGAGGAGAGCCAUGUAUGCCACCUUGAGCUCAGUGAUGGAAAUGCAGGAUGUAAAUCUGAGACAUACAAACACUUCUGAAAUGUUUCACUACUAAAAACUAAUGAUACCCAUUCUCAGAAUAUUGAGGAGAAUAACAGUCAUACAUUGUUGCUUAGUAUAAACAAGAAAAUCCAAAAUGAAAGUUCAUCAGGCUUCACAGUGUGAAGUGCUUUCUCUGUGCCACUGGUCAAAAGAAUACACUUAUAUUUUCUGCAUCCAUAUGCCUAGAAUAAUCCAAUAAGGGUUUUGGCAACAGCAUUAAAAAAAACAACAACCAUAUAUCCACUGAGCCAAGGAAUCAAGACUACGUGGAACACUUAGAUGUACUAACACUCCUCUUUGUGGCUCAUAAUGCAGCUUAGAAUGUUUAAAAAUUUAGCUGUAGAGGGGCUGUUUCAGGUAUAGCUCCUGAAAAAUGAAUGGAGCUGCUCUUAGCUAUAUAACAUAUUAUGCAAGCCUAGGGACAAAAGAAGUGAAUAGCAUUAUGUUCUAGCUGACCCCAUGACAUCAGAGCUUCUCAUGUUUACAUCCCAGUACACGCCAAGUGGACUUUGUUUUCUUGAGAUGCGGAUCAAGAGGAGGUCCAGAAGAGCUGCCAUGCUGUUUUUGUGUGAAUUUUAAGAAAAGUAAGACCAUCCUAGUAUACUGAUACCUAAGCUAAUAACUUGAUCUAUUCUGACUCUGACUUCAGCAUGGAGUGCUUGACACUCAGUCUCUCUGACAAACAUCUAAAACGCUCUAUUCUGUGAAACUGCUGAAUUCAUCUGAUGUGAGCACCCAUGGACCAGCUUGUUAUUGCGAUUCUUGUGUGGCCUUUUCCCUACUGGGAUAUUGCUGUUUUGUAAUGAAUGAAUUGUGAGAAAUAAACUGCACUGGUCCUCUGCUUAGCAGGGUCACUGAAA